GGCAGAACCCAUAAGCAAAACAGUUGGAUUAUAAUUAAGAAAACGUUGUAAAUUUCUUCUUAAUCUUUGAUCAAUUAUGUUUAAGAUUAAAUCCUUUUCUUCCUCGGCAAAGCAAAAUGCUUUUGCUAUUCGAUUAAUUCUACAUGUGCUUGUGGUUGGAUUAUCCUCAGCACAAUUGUCUUCCAAUUUCUAUUCGAGUUCGUGUCCCAAUCUCCUUUCCACCAUCAAAACUGCAGUUGACUCUGCAGUGUCCAAUGAGGCUCGCAUGGGAGCGUCGUUGCUUCGUCUUCAUUUCCAUGAUUGCUUUGUCAAUGGCUGCGAUGCAUCGGUGUUGCUCGAUGACACGGCCAACUUCACUGGAGAACAGACGGCCGGGGCGAAUGCGAAUUCAUUGAGAGGAAUGGAUGUGAUAGACACCAUCAAAUCGCAAGUCGAGAAUGUUUGUCCAGCCACCGUUUCUUGUGCAGAUAUUUUGGCUGUUGCUGCUCGGGAUUCUGUCGUUGCUUUGGGAGGCCCAAGUUGGUCAGUUGUACUUGGAAGAAGGGACUCGACCACUACAACUUUGAGUGCUGCUAACAACAACAUCCCAGCUCCAACUUUGAAUCUUAGUGGCCUUAUUUCUUCCUUCUCUAACAAAGGAUUCACAGCCAAGGAGAUGGUAGCCCUUUCAGGUGCUCAUACAAUAGGCCAAGCAAGAUGCAUGACUUUUCGACCAAGACUAUAUAAUGAAGCCAACAUAGAUGCCUCGUUUGCGACAUCACUGCAAGCAAACUGCCCGAGAAGUGGUGGCGACAGCAACCUUUCACCGCUGGAUACAGUCACUCCGACGUCAUUUGAUAACAAUUAUUUCACGAAUUUGCUAAGCCAGAAAGGACUUUUGCAUUCUGAUCAGCAGCUCUUUAGUGGUGGCUCCACUGAUUCUCAAGUGAACGCUUAUAACUCAAACUCUGCUUCUUUUUUUAAUGAUUUUGCUAGUGCUAUGGUGAAAAUGGGAAACCUCAGCCCACUUACUGGCACCAGUGGACAAAUCAGGCUCAACUGUGGAAAAACCAAUUAAAAGUAUACGAGAUCAUUUUAAUUAUGAGUAAAAUAAAUAGAGUAAUGUUAUAUUCGGAUUUGAAAUGUAAUUGAUUUUGUAGUUGUCCUAAAAGUUUGUCAUAAAAAUAAUUUGUAGCUUGUAAUUUCACUUCAAUUGUAUACUUUAUAAAUUUCAAGAAAAAAUUAUACU